AUGGACUCGCACAACUUUCGCGCCAUGCUUGCUGCCCACUUCGAAGACUAUGAUAAACAAACCAUUCGGAUCACACCUAUUCUGAGACUCAUCGGCCAUGGGAUAUUUACCAAGGAUGGACCGGCUUGGAAACACUCACGAGAUGCGCUCAAACCCUUGUUCUUGCGCGCAGAGCUGAGCGAUGUUGAUCGCUUCAAGAAACAUGUUGACCGCAUGCUUUCCUUGAUACCUCGCGAUGGAAGAACUGUCGAUUUGAAGCCCCUUAUCUGCAGGCUGUUUCUGGAUAGCGGGACGGAAUUCAUUUUUGGGGAAUCUUUCAAUUCACUAGAUCGAAAUGCUACCCAAGGAGAUGAGUUGAUGGAAGCCUUCUCUCAGGCGCUGAUAGGUACGACCAAACGCCGCCAUGCCUUUGCGGCCCUCGGGUCUCUAUUCAAUGACACAGUAGAUGAGAAUAUCGACAAGAUCCAUGCUUUUGUGGACCGUCAAGUCUCUCGUGCACUAGCAGCGGCUUCCCAACCGAACACGCUAGACGAGAAGAAAAGGGGUGGCCAGUCCAAUUCGCGAUAUGUGCUCCUUGAUGAGAUGGCAAAGCGGAUCCGGAAGCCAAUGACUCUAAGAUACGAGAUGAUGAACAUUUUCUUGCCGGCGUUCGAGAGCACCGCAGUCGUGCUCUCCAAUUCCCUCUUUCAUCUUGCUCGCAACCCAGAUCUCUGGACAGAGCUUCGAAAGCAGGCGAUUGCUCUAGGCAACCAAAACCUAAGCUUUGAGCUUCUGAGAUCGCUCUCUCUCUUCCGAUACACCGUUCUGGAAGCCUUGCGGCUGCACGGAUCAACCGGACGAUUAAGCCGAACGGCGAUUCGGGACACAGUUCUCCCCAGAGGCGGAGGGCCGGAAGGCCGCAGCCCGGUAUUUGUACCCAAGGGCACUGUGGUUUCGCUUGAUCUUUACGCCCAUCUUCAUGAUGCAGAAAUCUGGGGUGAUGACGCCGAUGUUUUCCGGCCGAGUCGAUUUGAGGGUAGGGCGCCUAAAUGGGAAUUUGUGCCAUUUUCGGGCGGCCCAAGGAUAUGUCCGGCACGGCAACAGAUCAUCACACAAUCCGUUUACUUGUUAGUUAGGCUAGCACAGGAGUUUGCCGAGGUGGAAAACCGCGAUCCGUGUAUGGAGUUUGUAGAGAGAGUCAAGAUCUUCACGGAAAGCGCAGGCGGCGUCAAGGUGGCGCUGCAUGAAACGUAG